AUGACACCCGAGGAGGCAGUCAGCCAGUUGCGAGCAGACGUGCACGAGAGAGCUAAGAUCACUGUGUCAGCCGGCAUUGCUGCGAAUGCGAAACUUGCAAAGAUUUGCUCCAAUAAGAACAAGCCCAACGGACAGUUUUUCCUUCCGAGCGACCGACAGACCAUCAUGGAGUUCAUGAAAACGAUGCCUACACGCAAAGUGAACGGCAUCGGUCGCGUCUUCGAGCGCGAGCUGGACGCAAUUGGCGUCAAGACAUGUGGAGACAUAUACGCGCAUCGAGCCUAUCUGCCAAAGCUAUUCGGCCAGAAAGCCUUCCAAUUUCUGAUGCAGUGCUACUUGGGCCUAGGACGUACCAAGAUCCAGCGCGCUGAGGACUACGAGCGCAAGAGCGUCGGUACGGAGACCACGUUCAAAGAGAUGCAGUCUCCUGAUGCUUUGCGCGACAAGCUUCGUUACAUCGCAGAAGAGCUGGAGGGCGACCUGAAGCGUACAGAGUAUAAGGGGAGAACAUUGUGCAUCAAGAUCAAGCUGCACACCUACGAGGUCCAUACCCGACAGAUGACACCGCCAUUCGCUGUCCACCGUGCAGAUGACUUGUACAAGUAUGGCCUCCCCAUGCUGGAGAAACUCAUGAAGGAAAUACCGAACAUGAGAUUGCGACUAAUGGGCUUACGCGCCACUCAUCUCGUCACAACGAAGAAACCUGGCAUCGACUUCUUCGGCCGCGUCAAACCUCCCGGUACCACAACCAAGCCACCCAAGACAACCGACGAAGGCGAUUGGGAGACCUGGCCAGAAGAGGAGUUUGAAGAGGCAGCGCGACGGGAACGUAACGACGAGAUGAAUGAGCUAGAAAAGCUGUCGCAAGAGCAGGAUGUUCAGCAAGACCAGCGCACUUCACCCUCGAAUGGAAAUGACGCCCCAGAUCCGCCUACCGAAGAGCAGUGGACAUGUCCAAUCUGCUCUCUCCCACAAUCACCAGAUGACGCUACUUUCAACGCACAUAUUGACUUUUGUCUGUCCAAGCAGACUAUCAAAGAGGCUGUCAAGUCUACUGCCCCGCCUGCGCCUAAGCUCGAAAAACAGGUCAGCGUGUCGAAAACUGCGCAGAAAAAGGGCAAGCGCGGGCGUCCGAAGAAUGAACAGGUAGCGUCGGAGCAGCAGGCGAGGGAGAAAAGAAGAGCCUUCUUCUCGCUUGUAUAUCCCGGCGGCACCGGCCACUGA